UACACAUAGGAUGUAAUGUACUGUACAUGUGUUAGCGCUCCUCUGUUAUGUGCGAUGGGUGUGUUUAUACUAUCACUGCUGAAUUGAAUUUUUCGUGAACUGAUAGUGUUUUGACGAAUAUUUUGCUGUGAGUGAAACUAAUGCAUGAGUCAUCGACAGGAAAUAUUUCCGUACCUGCAUACAACCCGCUGGGCCACUCUACCCACCUACAUCGGGUGAAAAAAGGAGCAGUUUGUUUGUGCUUCUGCAGUAAUCGGUCGCUGAUAAUUGACUUUGUUGAUAGAUUGUUGAGUACACUACUACUACUACUACUAAUUCUACUCCUAAAGAGUAGUGAGAACUUCUUAUUGGAUUUCUGACAUCAAGCCAGUCACAUGCCUACAUUGGACUCACCAACUUUUAGAGUAACAAUGUCUGACAAUAAUUCAGCACCGUUACCGGUGGUGACCCUAUCUGUGGACCCGGUUUCUCUUGUCUCGCCAGAAAUGUGUCCAUCAACCCACCCCAAGACCAAGAGAACUCUCCUCAGCACAUUGAAGAAUUCUCCAUCCAUGCUAAGGAGGAGGAUCAAACCACCGGCAAAUCUUAACAACGGCAGCAGGGACUCGUGGGACGGUGGGGUGAGCACUGGGACUAGUGGCAGUCACCAUACCGGGUCGGAGUCGACUUUCACGGGGAAAGAAUUCCACGUGAGGUACCAGGGACGGACCAGGGUGACAACGUUACAGGUGAGCGAGGCCGUGAACGCCGUGAAGAAACUUGCUCCUGAUCUCACUGCAUUAUCGUCAUCAUCAUCGCCUGCUUCAUCAUCAACUGAAGACCUCCUGGCAGCGUCUUCUCCAUCCGGGGGCCAGCGGUCCUCCUCCCCUUCCUUAUCAUCGUCACCAUCACCCUCUAACUUAUCCACAUCGUCCCCGCAGUUGUUACGCCCCUCUUCCCCGACCAACCUCGCCACCCCGAAGUCGCCUCGCCCGAAAUCCACCAGCAAGUCUUUCUUUAAAUCCUGCUGUCUGAGCAUCACCAAGCGAUGUGUGGUCAUCGACGACGACGAGAAACUGGUCAAUGAAACUAUCCCCAUUGCGACUGUUGCGUACUGCGCUACGGACCUCCGCUACCCAAGAGCUGUGGCUCUCAUCUGCAAAACAUACAGUAGUGUCUUGAUAUGCCAUGUGUUCGUGUGCUCCUCAAAGGAGAAAGCCGAGAAAAUCGUCGCUUUCAUCGGCAAGGCGUUCGAGAGUGCGUGGCAUGAUUGGAAAUGCAUAAACGACCCGUCCUCGCUCGGGGCGCCGAAUAAUAACAACUAUGAGCAGCUCUUCAGGGGGCGAGCCGUGUCGUGUGACAUGAAGAACAGGGGAGUUUCGAAAUCGAACGAUAAGUUGAACAUUAGACAUUCCUCGUAUGAGACAAGGAAUGGUGUUUCUUUUGAUUUCUCGAGUCCAGAGGACGAGUAUUGAAGUCGGACAAAAAAAAGGGUGUUAACAAGUUAAAAUCAAUUGCAUCUUAAAGAUGUGUUUUUAAAUGCAUGCUUAUGAUGGUUAGUUAUUUGACUGGCAAUAUACACUCGGCAUGAAAUGGACAGAACACCGAUAGGGUGUAGGGUGUAAACUCGAGUUGGAUGCUAUGUGACCAAGGUUUGCCUUGACCCGGGGUUUGUGCAACCAUAUUUUUUAGCUCAACCCCAGUGUAAAGAAGAUGAAGGAUAUCGCAAAUAGUCCAUGGAUUCCAACUUGGGCCUUGUGAGCCAGUGUUACAUCUGUACAUCACAGAGUGAGACUAAGAGACCCUUCCUCCAUGGAGAGACCAUCCAUACACUUGGAGAGACCAUGUACCAAACUAUCUACAGUGCAAAGGACAUUAUAGGAUAUACUUUUUAUUCACAUCACAACCAUCUAUUUCUCGAUCCACUAAGGGUCAUGUCACUCAAGGCAAUUUACAGGCAACCAGGGGUGGAUUUUACAAUGAGUUAAGACUAGUCUUAUCCUAACUUAGGACU